AUGCGGACGGGCGCGUUGCUUCUAUGCCUUGUCGCCUGCACGGGCGCAAUCACCCGCGAUCAGUUCUAUCCGUACGGGCAGGGGCUGGACCAGCGGCUCCCACGAGGUUCUGAUGUGGCUUCACCCGAAGUGCCACUAAAUGUACCCAUUGUUUUCUUCGGAGAAACUUAUGAAAGCGUUUUCAUCAACAACUACGGCGUGCUAUCCUUCAGAGCGGAUAUACCAAGCUUUCUGAACGCCGAGUUUCCACUACCAUACCCUUCCAUAGCCGCGUUCUACACCAACAUCGAUACAACUGAAUCUGGAGCAGUUUACUUCAGAGAAACAAAUGAAACACACGUACUUCUAAAGGCCGCUGAUAGCGUGCAAAGCAAUUUCCACGAAUACGACGAAUUUAGACCCACAAGUGUCUUCUUAGCAACUUGGAUAGAAGUGAAAUAUGCGAGCGAACAGUACCAGGACCGAAAGAACAGUUUCCAAGUAGCCAUAAUUAGUAAUGGUAAUGAGAGCUUUGUCGAGUUAUUGUAUCCGGAACGCGAGAUACAGUGGAUACAGAAGGAAACGCCGCCUGGCAGUUUGCCAGAUGCGAAGGCACAGGCUGGUUUUGUUGCUGAAGACGGCAGAGUCUUUACUCUCAGAGGCUCGGGUAGUCACCAGAUCCGAAACAUAGUAUCAUGGUCCAACACACAAGAACCAGGAAAAUACGUAUUCCGCGUGGGUGGUAUAGCUCCCAACGAAACGAUCGCGGUUCCCGAUCAAUAUGACGAAGCUGAAAUUGAAAUAGAGGAGGAGUCAAAAACAUGCGCUCAAAGCGGUCCCAGCGUGUGUCAUAUUCAAGCCCGUUGCGUCGAUUAUCAAGCUGGAAUCUGCUGUCAAUGUAACGAAGGCUUCUAUGGAAAUGGCAAAUCUUGUAUAAAAGACGACGUACCCCUCAGAGUCCAUGGAAAAUUAAAUGGAAUUUUGAAUAAUAUAAACUUAAACGACGUCGACUUACAGGCAUACGUUGUUGUGGCAGAUGGAAGGUCAUACACGGCUCUUUCCCAAACACCAACCUCCCUUGGCAGCAGCUUACAACUUUUGAGCGUCUUCGGUAGCGUUGUCGGUUGGUUAUUCGCUAAACCAUCAGGUGUAGUGAAGAAUGGCUAUCAGCUCACUGGUGGUCAAUUUAAUCACACCGCUGAUAUAUAUUUCCCUGACACCACAGAUAGAGUUAUCAUAAACCAAGAGUACUUGGGGCACGAUGUAUUCGAUCAAAUAACACUAGACGGAGACAUCCGAGGAACGAUCCCAACAGUACCUACUGGUAGUAGACUUGAAAUCACUGAAUAUGAAGAACAAUUUACCACCGUGGAAGCCGGUAUGAUUCAUAGUGCAUCCACGCGUACAUUUACCAACAAAAUAACAGGGCAAAAGUAUGUACAAAUAGUCUCGCAAACUUUCACAUUUAACACUUGUAAGUUUACACCGUUUUCAGAGGAAGAAAAUGCACCAGUUACCUUGAAGGUGAUUAAAAAUUACUUAGGUUAUGAAACCAGGGAAAACAUUGUACGGUAUGGAACAAGUAAUAAAGUUGUACCCAUGGGGCAGGAAGAUCCUUGCAUUCGAGGUCGCAGUUCUUGCGGUCCCCAUAGCACGUGUAUUGCUCAAGGAGACUCGUUCUCAUGUAUCUGCCAGUCAGGGUUCACGAGUAUUAACAUAGCGGGAAGUACUGAGUGUAUUGAUAUCGACGAGUGUACAACCGGUACCCAUAAUUGUGAUAUUAAUGCAGACUGCUAUAACCACGAAGGCGGCUUCCAAUGUAGAUGUCGAGAGCGUUUCGAAGGAAACGGUGUGACCUGCAAUUGGAUAUCACGAUGCAGGGAUAAGAUUUGUGAUCCCAACGCCCAGUGCAUAGAUAACCCAGCUGAAGACCCAAUUUGCCUAUGCAAUACUGGUUACACCGGUGACGGCCAAAAAUGUUUGAAAGCGUACGACAAUAAUUGCAAUAACUGUUCUCCGUAUGGAUAUUGUGGUUAUUCGGAAGAGACUAAAGGAUACUCGUGCCUUUGUAACUCAGGUUUUGUAGGAGAUGGCUUUUAUUGUACAGAAGUUACUCCACCGCCGGUGCAAUCGGUCCGUGAAACGACUGAGUACUCUGUUCCCGAUCCAGUAGAAUCUACUACUCCAUUGCCCACUGAAGCAGAUUAUAACGAAACUUACGUAUUACCUAACUGUAAUGCCUUUGGUUGUAUUUGCCCUCCUGGAUACUCCAAUUAUAAAGAUGAUCGAGACAAUGAAUUGUGUCGUAUUGAUUCCUACAGAGAGCCGAGUUCGCCUUUGGACAACGACCCUACAAUUCGGUGCCACUCGGACGGCGACUGUCCCCCAAACGCUAUAUGUUCAUUUCCGGCUGAACCCUACACGUCAGACGAUCCUGACGAGGGCCAAUGUGUGUGUCCAGAAGGCUACGAAGGCGACGCCUAUGAGUGCAUAGAGAGAACUGGACCCAGUUGCUCCUGUGGUCUCGGUGCUCACUGCAUUGAAACUGCCACAGGUGACUUAAUAUGUGUCUGCGACUCCGGCUACCACGGUGAUGGCUACGUGUGUCGACCAAACUUCAGCUGUAACAACAAUUCCGACUGCGAGUACAACGCUGAAUGUCGACCAGACCCCAAUACGAAUGCCUAUGUCUGCCAGUGUAUAGAAGGCUUCAUAAAAGACCAAAGCGACGCCUGCAUUCCUGACAAACAGUUGUGCAACGGAGCUGUCUGCGCUGAUCACGCAUCUUGUCUUUUUGACGAAGGAAUAGGCGUGAGUUAUUGCCAUUGCGAUGAAGGUUUUGAGGGUGAAGGCAUCUCGCAGUGUGUACCCCAAGGAAGAACUUGCGAUGUUUUAAACGACUGUAAUCCAAACGCGAUUUGCACACCAGUCGAAGAUACCUACCAAUGUGUAUGCAGGGAGGGAUAUACCGGAGACGGUUACAACUGCAACCCAGAGAUCAGUUGCCGAACAAACCCCUACCUUUGCGAUAUCCACGCCUCGUGUCUACAAACGAGUGACGGGUUCGAGUGCGAAUGCAACUCUGGGUAUAACGGCAAUGGAAGUAUUUGCGAGCUUAAUCCAAGGCAAGCUGGAAACUUUUUAGUGGCCAGUGAUGGAGCUUCUGUAUACAGGGUGCCAUUUAAAGUGACGGCGAGGGAUUUCGCAACACCCUUUAACAGUGCUAUUUAUCAAAUAGCAGUAGGCAUAGACGUGGAUUGCUUAACUGCAAAAAUUUAUUGGGGAGAUGUCGUCGGUAACACGAUUAAGCGGGCUUCGUAUGAUGGAUCAGGCUAUGAGCAAUUUUUAUCAAAUGAUGUUCAGUCGCCUGAAGGUAUCGCAGUAGACUGGUCAGCGAGAAAUAUUUUCUGGACCGAUUCUAAGAAAUUGACUAUAGAGGUCGCCAAUGUUGAUACCAAAGUGAGAAAGGUAUUAUUCUCUAAGGAGGGUAUUUAUAAUCCACGAGGAAUCGCUGUACAUCCAGGAAAAGGAAAAAUAUUUUGGUCCGACUGGAACCGAUCUGGUCCUAAAAUCGAAUGGGCUAAUAUGGAUGGAUCACAAAGGGGAGUAUUCCUAGACGAAUCCGACGUGAAACUACCGAACUCGUUGGCAAUUGACUGGGUCAGAGAUCGCUUGUGUUACGCUGAUGCUGGUCUCUACAGCAUCCGAUGCGUCGGUAUAGACAACAUGGAGAGAGAAAUUAUCGCUCCCAAUUGCUCUUAUCCAUUUGGUUUGGCCAUCAAUGGUGACAAAUUCUACUGGACUGACUGGAAAACAUUGAAAAUAGAGUCAAUUGACACAUUGACGCAAAUCAAAGGGCAAGUUCCGAUAGCGACAGCGUCGAGAAGGUUAUACGGGGUUUCCGCAGCGCCAGAAGAAUGUCCAGCGUUGAGUAAUGUCUGUCAGUACAGAAAUGGUAAUUGUGAAUCUAAUCAGAUCUGUUUACCCAACGGCCAGGGUGGUAGAACUUGUGUUGACGGUAUAGGCGUCAAUCAGAACUAUUAA